GUUUCGCUGACAUCGAAUUGGCCAAAAAAGCAAACUAUCCACAGCGUCUAAUGUCUAAAUUGGAAAAACGUGAAGCGGAAUGCAGAAAACAUAUGAAGGAAUCAACGCAGAUCGAACAGGUUGCUACACCCGUGCUGAGUUUUCCACCGAACAAAAACUUUCCGUGUAUGGCCAAUGUUUUGGAUGUGCAAAGCAAUGAGGAAUACGGUAAAUAUAUUGUGACAAAGCGUGAUAUUGAAAUAGGUGAAAUUGUUAUGGUGGAAGAAGGAUAUGUCUUUGACAUAAGUUCAAGCGAAGAAACUAGCUGCAUAACCUGUCUUCAAUCGCAGAAAAAUUUAAUUCCCUGCGACAACUGCACCGACGUUAUGUUUUGCGAUCAUCAAUGUAUGGAAACCAAUGAGAAUCAUAAGAUUGGUUGUGGUGCUUCCUAUAACCGUCUUCAUGUAUGUAGAAUGGUCAUAGAUUCGAUUUUGAAAGCUGUCAAUGCGUUUGCAAACGCGAAUGAUUUGAAUAAAUUCGUUGAGUGUGCAUUAGCUACACGUGAAUUUGAUUCACCAACAUGCAAUUCAAGAGAACAAAAGGAAUAUCGAUCAUUUUUAAAAUUGUUGGCAAUAACAGAAACAUUGGAUUCAGUGAUGGCAAUGAACAUGGUUGCAACCCAAUACCAUAUUUUAUCGCGAUUGUCAGCAGUUAAGAAAUUGUUUGAUUCGGAAGAAAAACAACGGUUUUUGAUGCAUUUGAUUUUGCAACACUAUUCGAUUAUAAAGCGCAAUAGUUUAGGAAUUCAUAGUGAAUCUAAUAUCGAAAAUCAAUCAAAUGUCAUUGAAAUUAUGCCUAUUCAUUUUUCUCUCUUCAAUCAUUCCUGCUCGCCGAAUAUAAAAUACGUGAAAAUUGGUAAUAAAUUGGUUGCCUUCACAGUUCUUCCGGUAAAAAAAGGCGACCAGCUAUUCAUACAGUAUAUAAAGGAACUUGAUAAUCUUGAAACUAAAGAACGACGAGACAUUCUACGGGAAACAUUUCAAUUUGAAUGUAAAUGUAGUAAAUGCCUGCCAUGUGUUAAGGUGCAAGAUUCUCUAAGAAUGCAACUGGAUCCAGAUUUUCUAUUUAUACAUGCCUCUAGACAAACACACUUCUUGGACCCCGAAAAACGUUUAAUUUUAAAAGAUAAAGCCAAAAGAUUUUUAAAAAGAUAUAAUCAAUUUAAAUGGUCAGAUGAAAUUGAAUGGGUUUCAGACGGUUUCUCCAACUGCGUGAAAAAGGAUUUGGGAUCUAAUUAACAGAUUAGUAAUUAAUGCUAAACCGUUUUCAAAC